GAUUUAAAGCUGCGUCACAAAAUCGGAUUGAUCAUUCCAAUUAACCGCGAAGUUUUUUUGACCCUUAUAACCAUCUGUUCACUCAUGCGGAUUGUCGUCUCGGAACGCCCCGACUAUCCAUCCUCGACCCCACUGAGCCGGAUCACCUUGUGCUGGAAACCCCGCGAACUUCCGUCGUCCUUUGCCGUUCCCAUCUACGACUGCGACCCUCCUAGAUCAAAUAUUGAUGCUCACGCCAACUAAUCAAGCAACCCGUCCUAGUUAAGCCAGACGUCGUCACACCAUUUCAGCUCAAGAUAUGGCACAAAUACUGACAGAGUUACAGCGCAUUCAAGACGACCAGUGCCCCGCAUGCACUCGGGUCCUUCUAUACAUACAGUGUUCAUGACCUAAAACCGCUUUCGUUUUGCCAAUUGAAGAACUGGAAUCAAAUUUCAUCCAGCACAUCCUCGCCAACAUCCACCUACUCAUGUGUAACCUUCAUGGAGAAUAGGUCUUUCCUCCGCAUCCACUGACCACUCAAGAACCAUACGUCCCUUCCGAAUACCCAGGGAGGCUUGCAUGUUGUCGUUCUUCCUUUUCCGUAUUCCGAAUAUCAAUUUGCUUCAGCUGCCUGUGUAAUAGUGUCUACUCGUUUUUGGAGUACUUCAUGCGUUGGAAACCAUUUGUAUCGAACGAAGAAACGCGCGAUUCUGGCUCAGUGAAGGUGAAAGGAAUACGAUUGGGAUCC